UACAAAAGGCCCUGAAGAGUCUUGGGCAAAGAAGGCAAAAGGAAAGGAAAGAACAAGUUUUCUAUACUCUCCAAUUAAAAUGGUUCCGGUACCAAAGUCAGUGAAGAAGACUAAACCAAAGGAAGCAAAAAAAAAACCAAGCUUGACAGAGGAAAAAAGAAAAGAAACAAGAGAGAAAAACCCUCCAGGGUUAGUAAACGUAGGAAACAGUUGCUGGCUGAAUUCAACCCUACAGGCAGUAGCAGCUAUGAAACAGUUACAGUGGGAAGGUGACGAUAAAAUCUCUGCUGAAACAAGAAAAGUUGUUAAACAACUUCAAAAGAUUGAAGGUCAGGACCAACAGAUAGAUCCAAAACAUUUGAGGGUAACUAUUGCUGAAGAAGAAACGAACUUUAUCAGUGUGGAGCUGGCAUCCGUCAGACCUGCUUCAGUGAGCGAUUGCUUGUCAGAGUUUGGAAAAAAGGAAAUAUUGAGAGAGGAAGAUGCUCCAUUUUGUAAAAAUUGCAAGAAGAAUAUGACUCACUCUACACAGACGUGUAUAACCAGAGCAGAAGAUCUCCUUAUUAACUUGAAAAGAUUCAAGCUAGCGAAAUCUGGAAGACACCUGAAGGAUAAUCGUGAUAUUUCGAGUAAAGAGGGUCAUUGGCUUGAAAGAUGUCGGUGUGUACAGACUACGAGCGGUACAGAUAUAACAGUGACUGUAGAUGAUGAAUGGACAUGUAGACGAUGUGAUGAUACUAGUGUUAUCAUUGCUCAUCCAGCAUCACUCGAUGGUCCAGAAAUUCAGAAAUCAGCAUAUGUGUUGUAUUAUGAAACGCUGAAACGUCAAGAUGCACAUCUAUUAAUACGCAACAUGCGCUCGGUGACCCUCACAUUAUCUGGUGACAUAGAAUUAAUGGGCUUAGAUUUGAUGACUUUACUUCCAGGCGAGAAACUCAAUGACCAGGUGUUAAAUGCCUAUAUGUCAAUAAUAUCAAAGAAGUUUCCAAAUGUUGCAGCCUUAGAUAUCUUCUUUUCCCAAUGCCUGGUAUCAGGAAGAGAUCCUCAAAAAUUUGUAAAAAAAGGCAUGUUUCAGCGACAAAGUGUCCUAGUGCCAUUUAUCUACGAAGGUCAUUGGACACUUUUGGUCAUCCGCCCUACCCACCGUACCAUUUAUGUUUUUGAUUCUGCAAAUGGUAGUAAAGAGCCUGUCAACCUUCUUGUGAAAUACUUGCAAGAACGAGUUGGUGUUCAGUACAAAGCUAGUACUAUCAAGAAUUUACCAAAGCAGACGAACUGUAACGAUUGUGGAGUAUUUGUGUGCCAAUUUGCUCUCGCCAUGGCCAGCAAAACAAUGAUAAAUUUCAGUCAUACAAAGAUCGGGUACUUCCGAAAGAAGAUGUUGUUUGAGUGCCUGGCAUCAACUCUUUUAUGAGAUGAGCAUAGAUGAAGAAAUGUAUAUAUAGAAACAUAUUCAUAUCGACGUGAUAUCUUAAUAUGUUCUGUAAAAAAAGCAAAAAAGCAGUGAUAAUAAAGUGUAAUAAAGUU